AUGGCUCAGAGAGGAGCUCAGCUGGAGAAAAUAUCAUGUACCAUCUGUUUGGGUCUACUGAGGGAUCCAGUGACUAUUCCCUGUGGUCACAGCUACUGUAGGAACUGUAUUAAAGACUUCUAUGACGGAGAAGAUCAGAGAAGAAUCCAGAGCUGCCCUCAGUGCAGGAGAACUUUCAAGCAAAGGCCUGUUCUGGAGAAGAACAUCAUGUUGGCGGACUUGGUGGAGGAUCUGAAGAGGACUGGACUCCAAGCUGCUCCAGCUGAUCACUGCUAUGCUGGACCUGAAGAUGUGGCCUGUGAGGUCUGCACUGGGAGGAAGAUUAAAGCUGUCAAGUCCUGCUUAACCUGUCCUGCUUCCUACUGUAGGGAUCACCUCCAACCUCACUAUGAUGCUCCAUCAUUACAGAAGCACAAGCUGGUGGAUCCCUCCAAGAAGCUCCAGGAGAACAUCUGCUCUCGUCAUGAUGAGGUGAUGAAGAUCUUCUGUCGUACUGAUCAGCAGUGUAUCUGUUAUCUCUGCUCUAUGGAUGAACAUAAAGGUCAUGAAACAAUCUCAGCUGCAGCAGAAAGGACUGAGAAGCAGAAGGAGCUCCAGGUGAGUCGACAACAAAUCCAGCAGAGAAUCCAGGACCAAGAGAAAGAUCUGAAGCUGCUUCAACAGGAGGUGGAGGCCAUCAAUGUCUCUGCUGAUAAAGCAGUGGAGGACAGUGAGAAGAUCUUCACUGAGAUGAUUCAUCUCAUCCAGAAAAGAGGGUCUGAUGUGAAGCAGCAGAUCAGAUCCCAGCAGGAAACUGAAGUGAGUCGAGUCAAAGAUCUUCAGGAGAAGCUGGAGCAGGAGAUCACUGAGCUGAAGAGGAAAGAUGCUGAGCUGAAGCAGCUCUCAACCACAGAUGAUCACAACCAGUUUCUCCACAACUACCCCUCACUGUCAGCACUCAGUGAGUCUACACACUCAUCCAGCAUCAAUAUUCAUCCUCUGAGAUACUUUGAGGAUGUGACAGCAGCUGUGUCAGAGCUCAGAGAUAUAUUACAGGACAUCCUGAGAGACACAUGGACAAACAUCUCACUGAGAGUCACUGAAGUGGAUGUUUUACUACCACAACCAGAACCAAAGACCAAAGCUGGAUUCCUAAAAUAUUCACAAGAAAUCACUCUGGAUCCAAACACAGCAAACAGGAAGUUGUUAUUAUCUGAGGGGAACAGAAAGGUAACAUUAAUGAAAGAAAAACAGUCUUAUCCUGAUCAUCCAGACAGAUUCACUGAUGUUAAACAGGUUCUGAGUAGAGAGAGUCUGACUGGUCGUUGUUACUGGGAGGUGGAGUGGAGAGGAGGAGUUGAAGUAGCAGUUUCAUACAAAAACAUCAGUAGAGCAGGAAGGUCUGAUAAAUGCAGGUUUGGAUCCAAUGACAAUUCGUGGUCAUUAUAUUGUAACAAAAACAGUUACACAUUUUAUCACAACAACAUUAAAACUCCAGUAUCAGGUCCAGUUUCCUCCAGAAUAGGAGUGUAUCUGGACCACAGAGCAGGUAUUCUGUCUUUCUACAGCGUCUCUAAAACCAUGACUCUCCUCCACAGAGUCCAGACCACAUUCACUCAGCCUCUACAUGCUGGAGUUUGGGUUUUAGCAGGUUGGAUCUUCUGCUGAAUUCGUUAAACUGAAAUAAUCAGAACUGUUCUGAGGUCCAGUUGGUUAAAAUGUUUAUUUUAGUUCCAGUUUCUUUAGUCUCCAUCAUUGUUGCUGAGAGCUCAUUGUUGUGUCAUUUCUUCACUGCUCAGAGAUCAGCUGUCUUUAUGGAGCUACUUUGUCAUCUUGUUUGUUGUUUUGUUGAUGUUGGAGUUUGUUUGGGUGCUGCCCCUUCCUGUUUCUGUUCAGCCAUGGAGGCUAUCACUGCUCAGGAGGAUUUUUAUUCACUUAAAGUAAUUACAUUCAUAUUUAUUGCUUUUUCAAAUGUUGUUGUUGUUCAAAUCCAUGUACAGAUGAGCUGAUGGAAACUAUAAUUAACAUGUUCAUCAUCAAUCAGGUCAUCAAUCAAUAUUUUAUUGGACAAACAUCAGAUUCCGGAUCAAACUGAUUGUAGAAAUGAAUUAAAAUAGAUCAGAAAAUUACUGAACAAGAGUCCUUAUCAGAGUUUACUGUUUUAUGUUUUGAGCAAAUAUGUGGACACAAAUAUUGUGUUUACAUUUUUAUAGUUUACAACAUUUUUUUUUUUGUGCAGACAAGUGAUCACAUCCUUAAAAUGUAUUAUUAUAUCCAGCAAUCUGUGGCUGUAAAUGUUUUGUUUAUUUGAAAUUUUAUAAAAUUCUAUGCAUGAUUUGAUUAAAAUGUAAUGUUAGUUUUUCUUCCCACAUUUAACUUAA